AAUGGCAGGAGAGGAUGUGGGGGCUCCACCCGAUCACCUCUGGGUUCACCAAGAGGGUAUCUACCGCGAUGAAUACCAGCGCACGUGGGUUGCUGUCCUGGAAGAGGAGACAAGUUUCCUAAGAGCACGAGUCCAGCAAGUUCAGGUUCCCUUAGGUGACGCAGCUAGGCCAAGUCACCUCCUGACCUCCCAGCUACCUCUCAUGUGGCAACUCUAUCCCGAGGAGCGCUACAUGGAUAACAACUCUCGCUUGUGGCAGAUACAGCAUCAUUUAAUGGUCAGGGGAGUACAGGAGCUGUUGCUCAAGCUUUUGCCUGAUGAUUAACCUGGUGCUGGGAUUCUAGGAAGAUAUGCGCGUUUGUUCUGUUCAGUAUAUGGCAAUCACUUCAUCCACCACUGCAGUGCACCCACCCUUGGGCCUGGGGGGAGGGAGUGGGUUG